CACGUGGGGCGCGCGCUCUUAAAGGGACAGGCCUGGAAGUGAAGGGGGGGGGUGAGGAAAUUUAAGGCGAAAUUGGGAAUCUGGGGAGGGAGCAACCGACACGCGGCCCGGGGGGAGUCUCCUGCUCUCCUUUGCCGUCACGUAGCUCCGUGACGCGGUGGCGAUGUGGUUGAUUAAGCGGUGUCACAGCAGGUGUGGACACAAGGGAAGCGAACUCAGGCCGGGGGCUGCUCUAAUGAAGCCCUGGGCACCAUCAGCCCUCUGUGGGGCAGCUUCGUGCUUCAUGACGUCAUUGCGCAGUCUCGUGACGUCACGGCGCCGCUCGUGGCCACCUGUGCCGCCGCGCCACACUCACCAUGGCGCCCACCACGCUCAGCACGGGGCUGGCGCCACACCCAAGAUGGCGGACGCGCCACACACCCCCCUCAUUUCCGGGUGAGGCAGCGGCACUUCCGGCCGGCCCGGGAUCACUUCCGGCGGCUCCGGGCUCUCUUCCGGCCAUGGCGCCGAGCGUGGCGGAGCGGCUGCUGGAGCGGCUGGACCAGGCCGGCGGUUCCGGGGGGCUCUGCAGCGUCGAGGCCGCCGCCGAGCUCGGCGUGGACCACCAGACUCUCGUGGGCGCCGUGAAGAGCCUCCAGGCGCUGGGCGAGGUGAUCGAGGCGGAGGCGCGGACGGCGACGCGAUGGGAGCUGAGCCCCGAGGGCCAGGAGGUGCUGCGGGACGGCAGCCCCGAGGUUCGGCUGUUCCGGAGCCUCCCCGAGGAGGGGCUGCCCCAGGGCGAGGCCAUGAAGCUGCCCGGGGGAUCCUUGGGGUUCAGCAAGGCCAUGGCCAACAAGUGGGUGCGCCUGGAUAAAGGAGCGGCCGGAGGUCCCCGAGUGCUGCGAGCCGUGCCCUCGGUGCAGGACACGGUGCAGGAGCACCUGGGCCAGGUGAGGGCGGGGAGAGCCCAGGCCCUGCCCGAGCGCGACCGCGCCGAGCUCAAGAGGAGGAAGCUGCUCCUGGAAGUGGUCCUCAAAUCCUUCUGGAUCCGCAAAGGCAGCGCCUUCAGCACGGCCGUGGCGCGGCCGGAGACGGAGCUGACCCCGGAGAUGAUCGCCACAGGCUCCUGGCGCCGCCUGCCCUUCAAACCCUACAAUUUCUCCUCUCUGGGGCUGCCCCCGGCCUGCGGCCACCUGCACCCGCUGCUGAAGGUGCGCUCGGAGCUGCGCCAGAUCUUCCUGGAGAUGGGGUUCACGGAGAUGCGCACGGAUAACUUUGUGGAGAGCUCCUUCUGGAAUUUCGACGCGCUGUUCCAGCCGCAGCAGCACCCGGCGAGGGAUCAGCACGACACCUUCUUCCUGCUGGGGGGCUCAGAAGAAUUCUGGGGAGGGGUCUCACGGUGUUUUCUCCCCUCCCCACGGCAGGAGAAGUUCACCCCGGUGAAAUAUUUCUCCAUCGACCGCGUGUUCCGGAACGAGAGCCUGGACGCCACGCACCUGGCCGAGUUCCACCAGGUCGAGGGGGUGGUGGCCGACCGGGGGCUCACCCUGGGCCACCUGAUGGGCAUCCUCAGGCAGUUCUUCACCAAGCUGGGGAUCUCGCAGCUGCGUUUCAAACCCGCCUACAACCCCUACACGGAGCCCAGCAUGGAGGUGUUCAGCUACCACGAGGGGCUGAAGAAAUGGGUGGAGGUGGGAAACUCGGGGGUCUUCCGCCCCGAGCUGCUGCUGCCCAUGGGGCUCCCCGAGAACAUCUCCGUCAUCGCCUGGGGGCUCUCGCUGGAGCGCCCCACCAUGAUCAAAUACGGCAUCAACAACAUCCGGGAGCUGAUGGGGCACCGAGUCAACCUGCAGAUGGUCUACGACAGCCCCAUGUGCCGCCUGGACGUGUGACCCCCACCCCUCUUCUUCCUCCUCCUCCUCCUCCUCCCCGGGGGUCCCCUCAUUUUGGGGAGGGGUCUCAUCCCCGGGGGUCCCCGUCCCCAAUAAAGCGCUGUGCCCUA